UAGCCAGAUUUGAAGAAGGUAGCUGCAGCAUACCUAUAUGCUUCAACACCUUCCUAGGAUUGCGCAAUGGGUGCCAAUUGCACUAAAUCAUAAUAGCGGCAUUUAAAAGCUGAAGGUCCUAGGAACCUUUCUAGGAACCUAGCCUGCACGGUCCUUCUCAUCUUUUGAUCCCAGGGUUUUAUCCUUUGCGGGCAGGGCCAACAAUUGAGCUGGCUGGCCUGUCUGCAAAAGUUGCACGAGCCAGAGCUUUCCGUAAGGGGGUCAAUGGAGAGUUUCUGCUGCACAGCAUUGCAGCAAUUCUGAGUCUCUGGCGCUCGACGCUGCUCAUGCUACUGGCGCCCCAGCGCUGACUUCAACAGAUGCACGGCGUCAAGCUCCCCCGCCUUACCACCACCAGCAGCGGCAACCACUCUAAGCAACCGCACCGGCGGGGCCCCUCUUACUCAAAGCGGCGCGCCCCACUUCGGCGAUGGAUCCGCCGGCUGGGGGGGUGCACCGUCUGUUGCGCCUCCGUCAUUCUUUUUCUGCUGAUGUCAGCAGUGGUCUUUCUAGCUGUGAAGAGUUGGCCGGGUGCGGCUGUGAGCUCAGCUUUUGAUUUAGGAACCGAUGAGAGUCCCGCCAAUGUGUGGAGGCGGGGAGGGGAGCGGGGGGGGGAACAUGAUGCAGAGGAGUGGGGGGGUGGGGAAAUCGCAAAAGGGCUGGACCUGGGGGCAUACACGGCCAUGGUGGGGGGCGAUGUCGCUCCUCCAACCUCCAUAGCCGACUUGGGCCUCCCAGUCCCCCUGCGCAUCUAUGUAUACGAGCUUCCCCCUUCAUUCAAUGUGGACUUCCUGCGCAACCCCAGAUGCGCCAGCCACCUGUUUGCUGCUGAGGUCGCCAUUCACCGGGCACUGCUGCAAAGCCCCGUCCGCACCCUCCAGCCCGCCGAGGCCGACUUCUUCUUUGUCCCCGUUUACACCGCCUGCAACUUCAACACCGAAAACGGGUUCCCGAACCUGUCUGGGGCCCCGGAACAAUUGCGCACCGCUGUCGAGCUUCUCGCGGCCGAGUACCAGUACUGGAACCGCACGAACGGACGGGACCACGUGUUUGUGGCCACGCACGAUUUUGGGGCGUGCUUUCACGCCAUGGAAAAGGCAGCCGUCCAGGCGGGGGUCCCUCAAUUCCUCAGAAACAGCAUCAUUCUGCAGACGUUCGGCCAGACGAACAACCACCCGUGUCAGGACGUCGACCACAUCCAGAUCCCUCCUUACGUCCCCUCGCCCCUCGUUCUCGCCAACUGGCAGCCCCCCGAAUCGCAGAACCGGACGAUAUUCGCGUACAUGAGCGGCAAAAUCGAGGUGCAUCCGAAAGAGAGCGUGUCCGGAAGCGGCCGGAGGCGUAUUACGAGGAGAUGCUGCACGCGCGCUUCUGCUUAUGCCCCAGGGGGUGGGCCCCUUGGAGCCCCCGGAUCGUGGAGAGCGUCCUCUUCGGAUGCAUCCCGGUGA